AUGGCUGGGUACCUGGGAAAACUCAAGGAUGACUUGAGGUCUUCAUGUUUAGUGAUUUUACUUUGUUUCCAGGAUCUAUUGAAUGAAGCCAGGCAGAGACUGGGCAGAGUGACAAAAGAUCCUACAAGAUACCAAACACUGUUGGAUGGACUUAUACUGCAGGGCUUUUACCAACUGCUGGAACCUAUAGUGAUUAUUCGAUGCCGCAAGCAAGACACUGCUGUAGUUAAGGCCUCCAUCAACAAGAAUGUUCCCAUUUACCAGAACAGCAUAAAUAAAGAUAUUGAUGUACACAUUGACCAGGAAAAUUUUCUGCCUGAAGACAUGUAAGCAUCUACAGGUUUU